AUGACUGUGCCCACCGAACCCGUUGAUCUGCUUACCGGCUGGCCCAACCCCGCGCUGCUCCCCGCCCCCGAUCUGCUCCGCUCCGCCACGACGGUGCUGACCACACCCGCCAUCGCCAAUCCCGGCUUGCUGUAUGGGCCCGAUGAGGGUUAUGAGCCUCUUCGUGUCCACGUCGCCAAGUGGUUGGGCGCUUUUUAUCGCCCCCACCACUCGAUUACGCCUCGCCGCAUCUGCAUCACCGGCGGGGCCAGCCAGAGCCUCGCUGGCAUCCUUCAGGUCUUCACCGACCCCGUCUAUACACGCAACAUUUUCCAGGUCGACCCAACCUACCACCUGGCCGGCCGCAUGUUCGACGAUGCCGGCUUUGCCAGCAAGGUCCGCCGCGUCCCCGAGGACGACCAAGGCAUCGAUUUAGAUUAUCUGGAGAACGCGCUGCGGGCCGCCGAAGAAAAGGCCGUGGCCGAAAACAAUACGGAACCGAAAAUCAAGCCUCCGCGGCCUUGGCGAAAGAUCUACAAGUAUCUCAUCUAUGCCGUCCCCACCUUCUCCAACCCGGCCACCAAGAUCAUGUCCCUGGACCACCGCGAGCGCCUCGUUCGACUCGCGCGCCAGUAUGAUGCUCUGCUGGUGACGGACGACGUCUAUGACAUGCUGCAAUGGUCAGCCAGCUCUGGCGGUAAGCUGAUGGAGCCUGACCGCGCAUGUGUCGCGCGGCUGGUCGACGUGGACGGCUAUCUCGACGGUGGUCCCGUCGAUGAAUGGGGCCACGCAAUUAGCAAUGGUAGCUUCAGUAAGCUUCUCGGGCCUGGUGUCCGCACGGGAUGGGUCGAGGGGUCGGAAAAAGUGGCCUUUGGAGCAUCGCAGGUAGGGUCCUCUCGCUCCGGUGGUGCCCCCAGCCACUUCUGUUCCACCAUCAUCGAUCAACUGCUGCCUACGGGUAUUCUGGAUAAUCACAUUCGCAAUGUCUUGCAGCCGGCAUACGCCGAACGGUAUCACCUGCUUCUGUCGGCUGUCCAGGAGCACCUGGUCCCGCUUGGUGUAACCGUCGCGCAAGCCUCGACAACCGUCGCUGGCGGAUAUUUUAUAUGGAUCACUUUACCCUCGCCGCUGCUCGCGGCAGCCGUUGUGGUGCGGGCGCAAAAGGAAGAGAACCUGCGCUUAGCUCCCGGUACCCAGUUCCAGGUGCAAGGAGACCCCGAGGUCGCGAACGACCGUUUCGCCAGCCACAUCCGCCUGUGUUUCGCCUGGGCAGAGCCGCGUCACCUGACUGAGGGCGUGCGUAGACUCGCACGCGUCCUGAAGCGAUCACUUGAGUAG